CACAUAUAUACGUUUACAAGACCGUGUCCCUCCAUAUAAACACACGUAUAGAAUACAUAAAGGGCAGCCGUAUCCCACUCGGAGCAUUUCUUAACGGUGGACGUCAGCGAAUGCUUAACUUAUUUCUGUCUGUGACACUUUCUUGGACUUACACCACCACCGCCACCACGCACAUCUAACAAACCCAUACAAUCGUCGUGUUUGCGCUGUAUAUGAAUGUAUAUACACCCGUUUGUUUGUCUAUAUAUAUACGCGUGUAUAUAGAGCAGACAGAGAAACAAAAUACUCCACACACAACAACAACAAAUACAACCACUAAGCAGAAAGACUGAAAAACAAAAAAAAGAUCGUGGGGACAUUUGUAAAAAAAAAAAAAAAGGGGUUGAAAAAAAGAAAAACUUAUUUUCAAAAGAAUCUUAUUUAAAAUUUAUCUUUAAAAAAACAAUCCCGAAAAUGGUGAUGUAUUUGAAUAAAGAUGUUUUACUGGGGCCAGUUUCCUGCGUCGAUACGACAGGAGCUAGCGUGAAAUUAGAACCGGCAAUCUCUGACAUUGUUUCUCUUUCCGUUCCCUCCUCAACUCACAGUAUGGUUACUACUACUACUACAGCUACUAUUGGUGCCAUUACCACUACUACUACUACUACUACAGCUGAUUUUUCUCUCUCUGGAGUUCUUCAUGUCGUUGAUAAUGUUGAUGCUAAGGUGUCGUCAGGUUUUUCCUGGAGCAGCCCUGGCGCUCUCUCCUCAGUCAUCCACUCACCGUCGUCGGUUCAAUCCCCGAUCGUAUCGCCCGAAAGCCCCACGACGAACGCAUUUCAUGUCGAUGACCACCUCCACUAUAAUCACAACCACAGUCAACAUCAAUACCAAAACGGCCACCACCGCUACCGACCUCUCUACCCACGGCCGGAGAUGACCAUGGAAUUAAGUACGGUUGUCGACAGCCCAUUGUCUGUGUCGACACCUUCUUCACCGUCGUCGUCGUCAUCAUCAUCAUCAUCAUCAUCAUCAUCCUCAUCAUCUCCUUAUUCAUCUUCGUCGCUGUCAUUUUCUCCUCUUCAUACCGCCGACCGCAAAGUGCCCGCGUUAAAAUCGAACCUGCAACAGUUAUUACCACAAAACCGACCGCAAAAUGAACGACAGCCCAAGUCUCAGCUUCCGAUGGAGUCGAAACCGCAACCACAACAACCGGAUGUGAAGGCAGCCGUAGCAUGUCCGGUUUUGUUACCCGCCUCCGCCGCACCGUGCAAGGAUUCUGUCGUGCUUUUGAACUCUGUCAACACAACUGUAGAAGCAACAACAACAACAGCAUCGUCGUCAUCGUCGUCAUCAUUAGCAGCACCAAGAACAAAAGCAACAACAACAACAAGGAGAAAAAUAACGGAAAUGACAAAAGCAACGAGACCGCCGAUAAUAUCACGAUCACCACCAUCAUCAUCAUCGUCAUCGUCAUCAUCGUCAUCAUCAUCAUCAUCAUCAUCAUCAUCAUCGUCAUCAUCAUCAUCGUCAAUACCAAUAAUAUCCUCAUCGACUGACUCCGUUGACGAGUUGAAAAGAAAACAAACAAGUCCGGAAAAAAACUGCGGUGCCAAGCGACGUAACGGGCCCACGACGAAGAAAAAGCGUUACACCAAGUCACGAAUUCGAAACUGUAACCCUUUGAUCGUGAUGAAAAUGAAGAAAAACAGACGAAUGAAAGCGAACGACCGAGAACGUUCUCGAAUGCACAGCUUAAACGAUGCUUUGGAUUGUCUUCGAGAAGUUCUACCGAAUUAUUCCGACGAAGGCAAACUGACCAAAAUCGAAACGCUGCGUUUCGCGCACAAUUACAUCUGGACCCUGAGUGAAGCCCUUAAAUUGAUGGACACCGCUGAGAGUAAAGGGGACUUUGGUGACAUCCCCGAAAAGCUGGCGACUCUGGGUUUGUUUGCACGUCUUUCUCAACAUAAACACCACCACCAUUAUCAUCAUCACCACCACCACCGACAACAACAUCCACUACAACUGCAGCCUCAACCACAGCAACAACUGUUACUACAGCGACCACAACCACCUCAACAACAACAAUUAGUAUUACAACAGCAGUCAUUACAACUGCAACAUAAGCUACAACCACUAACACAUCUAUUACCACCACUAGUACCACCACCAACACAACAAUUGCCACUACCACCACCACCACAACAACAACAGAUCUUACUUGCAAACGAAAUAGAAAUGGAAGAAGACGACGAAAAGGAUGUUGUUAACAGUGAUGGUGAUGAUGAUGAUGACGACGAUGAUGAUGAUGGUGAUGAUGAAUCAGACGGGUUACUUAAACGGGUGGCCGAUACCAGUUUUCUCCAAGACUUCCUCAUGUCGCAGGAGAACGAACCAGUCACGACUUCCGGUCAUCGCCAUCAUCAUCACCAUCAUCAUCACCAUCAUCAUCACCGCCGCCGCCGCCACCUCCUCUGCCGUGAAGCUAAUAACUACAACGACGCGGAUGCUGUUGCCAAUAGCAACGGGAAUAACUCCUCUCUCUCCCCGCCAUGGAUACCCGGUGACUAUGGCAACAAGAUCCACGCUAUCAACAACAACAACAACAACAACAGCGACAGUGAUAUGGAAGUCAGCAGCAGCAGUGGCGGUGGUAGUAGAGGCAGUUGUUGCUGCAGUAGCAGCAGCAGUGGUUGUGGUGGUUGUAGUUGUUGCACCAGUAACCACAGUGACAGUGGUAGCAGUAUUAGUAGCAGCGACAGUAGUAGUAGUAGAAGUAGUAGUGUUAGUAGUGGUGGUAGCAACGACAACCUCGCCGACAGCGUCACCGGGGUUCGAUCGCCUGACGGCCCCAACUGCUCUGCCGCCCCCGUCCACGACCGCCGCCCUCGCCGCAACCAUCACCAUCACCACCACCAUCAUCAUCAUCAUCCUUACCAACUGCCACAACGCCAGCAUCAUCAGCAUCAACAUCAACCUGAACAACAACUCACCAAACAGCCCCAACGCCACCUCUAUUUUCAACAACAUCAGCUGACCGUGGAACCGGGGCAGAAUGAAAGCCUUCACUUCUCCACGGAUUUCUCGACGCCAAAACCGAACUUUGACCUUCAAGAUGACAAUUUUGUCGAACUCACAAAGUUAUGAUGACGGCGUCGACGACAAUAACAAUAAAAGCAACAACAGCGACGACACCGCCACAGCCUCUACGUGGUUGUUUGAUUUGCUAGCGAUAACAGCCAAAUCUUCCUCAAAUUGCUACCGUCUUUAAAUUAAAAAAACAAAUGAAAGAGGAUGCUUUCGGACAAUGUAGUCCUAGAUACAUUAUGGCUGAACCAACGAUGGGACGUGAUGACCACAAGCGGAAGGCCUUUGAUUCUACAGAAGCCUGCUCGAUCAGCGUUGCCCCGGGCUAAACAGCUACAACAACAACAACAAAAAACCAGUUAAGAGAAUUAAUCGUAAUUGCAAUGUGAUAAUGAAGACGAAAAGUCAUUAAGAAAGAAACACCACAUGACCAAAAUGUUUCGGUAUAAGGAAGUGACUGGAUAGACACCCACAGUAUAUUACUGGUAACGAUUUAAUCGCCAAAACUCUUUGUGCCAAUCUAAAAAAAAAAAAUCCAACAAAAACCGUAUAAGCAGCAAUACAGAGCUCGAGCAUGGGCUCGGCCGGCACCACUAAAACAACACACACACACACACACAUCGUAUUUGAUGAUUUUGGAUUAUCUCAAGAAUUUUUGUUAAUUUAGAAAUCAACUUUUUUUUUUGCAACUUACACAAAACGAUGUUUUAGAAACUAUCUAUGGUGGCCUUGAAUUACUGUAAAACUUCUAUUAAUAAAACAACCAAGAAAAUUAAGCUAACGAUUACAUAAGAGGAAACGACCAUAUAACAAGGACUAUGGUGGCCUUGAAGUAUCAUUGUAAUGAAUAUUUCAUGAGUCAUAAUAAAAUUGUCAAAGCACU